AUGAAUUAUAUUCGAUUAUCAUUUUCCGUUUGUAUAGUUAUUCUUAAAGAAAUGCCAUAUGAUUCACCUGAAGCUAAGCGACAAAUGCUCUCUGAGUGUCGUGCAUAUUAUCGUGGCAACCCGAGAGUAAUUGCCACAAUCGAUGAGUUCCGACGUGCUUACUGCUCGGUAGAUGCUAUUUAUUGGUAUACAAAACCUUGUUUUCUUCAUGGUGUAAUCAACAGAGCUCUACGAACUGAAGAUAUUCUUGCUCAAUAUACGUUUCGUUAUUUUAUUGUGGAUAUGUGUACAUGUUUAGAAGAGGCGGCUGCAACUACCAAGACUCGCUAUAUCACGCCAUUUCGCGUUUAUCGAGGUGCCAUACUCAGCAGAGAGGAAGUCGAGCAAUUGAGCGUCGACAUGCUUGUGGCCACAAAAGGAUUCUUUUCGUCAUCAAAGCAUCUAAAUAUUGCCCAAGAGUUCAUCGGCAUCGAUAGCAUCACAGGUAUGUCACCCAGCCGAAGUCAUAAAGACAAGCAACAAUUUGUUCUGCUCGAGAUCAGUGUUGAUUGGACUCAAUCACCCGACAUGAUUGUGGCGGAUGUUUCUAGUCAGAGCGCCGUACCAGACGAACACGAGAUGAUCUUCAAUUUAGGUGCCACUUUCGUUAUUACAGAUAUCAACUACGAUGACGAGCAUCAUGUGUGGCAUAUUCAGAUGAUUUCAUCAUCAGAAGUAGCUCAGCUCAAUCGCGAUUACAAUGAAUACAUUCGCAAACGCCUUACUGAAAUAAAACCUGCACUGCUAUUCGGCAAUAUUUUAGCCGAUAUGUCAGGUGACCAUAUUGGAGCCUUGACCUACUUUCAUCGACUUCUACGGACAGUUCCGGUAGAUGAUGAAGACCGUCCAAAUCUUUACUUUCAUUUGGCGCGUACCUAUCGUUAUACAGGCAAAUAUCAACAAGCAAUCACGUAUUAUCAGGCCGCUCUAUUGUUGCAGCGAUGCAGAUUACCACAAUUGAGCUUCGACUAUGGGCGUACUCUGACUGGUCUCGCCGUUGUUUACUCUGAAAUCAGCAACUCAGUAAGAGCCGUCACUCUCCACACGCGAGCAAUGUCUAUUUUUCGUAAUGUUUUACCCGAGGAUCAUAUUGAAAUCGCUCACGUUUCACAUCGGCUUGCCUACGCCUGCUUACAGGAAAAACAGUACGAACGGGCACUUCUACUAGUUUCGAGUUCGUUAUCAUUCUUUCAGCGAAAAAUGCCUACUAAUCAUCCAGGUCAAGCACAGGCAUUGCAUACGAUGGGAUUAAUACAUCGUGCACUGGGCCAUCCAGAACAAGCUAUUGAUUGCCUCAAGCAAGCGCUACGAAUACGUGAAUCAUCGCAGGCAGCUGAUGAUCCGGCAGUUGCCUAUAAGUGCUUCGAACUGAGUUUAGUGUAUGCCGAACAGGAAGGCGAACGUAGAGUAGCAUUUGAAUAUGCUCAGCGGGCAUUCACAAUUGGCCAGAAAAGAUUGCAUCCAAAUCAUAUAAUACUCAAGCAGAUAGCCCAACAUUUUGAACACUUAUCCCGACAAUUGAAUGCUUGA